GAUUCCCCCACAUUUCCCCGCCACUGCUGACGCCGACAUUUCCAACUCUCUUUCACCAUUCACCAUAACUGUGUUCUCGACUACUUUUGGCCAAGUAAGGCACCAAAAGGUCUUACCGGUUUCAGUCAAGUUGAAUUGCCGACCCUGUCAGUCUACAUACAUAGCUUCAGCAUGACCGCACGAUCCAGAUCCGCGGAGACACAAGAUCCACCCACCAAAUGGAGCUGCGCCUCCUGCGAUGCAAUAUUCCAACGGAUUGACCACUACAAGCGCCACAUCACUUCCCAUAGCGCAGACAAACCGUAUCAGUGUUCCUUCUGCGCCUCUCGCUACAGACGAGGCGACGUCCUUCGUCGACACUGGAAGACCUGUCCCGCGCGCCAUCAGGCCGGGUAUGCGAUCCCAGAGCCCCGAACAGGCGGCAAAGAACGACAUGCAUGCGAUGCAUGUGCGCGUCUGAAAAAGGCUUGUGAUGGGGGGAACCCGUGUCUAGAAUGUGGGAUCAAGGGAAGAGAAGAGUGCACCUACCGGCGGGUUGAUGAGAGUAGUGAAGGGACGGUCGUGCAGAGCGAACGACUUCCAGAACCGCAGCUGGGCUCCGGGUCCGGAGAGGAUCCCGCUGCCCUGCCAUGGACUUUAGGCCCGGGGAGCUUUUACUCGCUGGACGCUGCGAAAGAAAGUACCUAUCGGUACUUGAAGUGACUGAAUGGGGGGCGUUACUUAUCACGCUUGGGCGGGUUGAUGAUACCCAAAACAUGUAUUGCAGAAUGCGCUUAACCCCGGGCACCCCAGGACGGGCUGUCACGGGGUUAGGGCUUGCAACCCUGC